AUGACCACUGCAUUGCAACAGCUCAAAGUCCUCCAGGUUGGUAAAACCCCAAAUGGAUUCAAUGGCCCAGCGUACGGUUGGUCUUCUUUCGGCAUGUCGGUCCACUCGCCAACGUUUGAAAUGAACGAAUCCUCCAUCAUCCAACAGUGCGAUGUUCUGAGUAGCACGCUCGGCAAUAACUAUCCUUAUUGUAACUUGGACGCAGGCUGGACCGGCCCCACAGACAACUUCGGGCGCAUCAUGUACAACAAGACACUCAACCUCCCAGAUCUUGCCAAUCAUCUCCACAGCAUAGGUUUGUUCCUGGGUGUAUACGUCGUACCUGGUGCACUCAAAUCAGAUGCCAAGAAGACUAUAUACGGAACAGACGUCACGAUUGGUCAAGUAUGCUCCGGCACAGAAGGGUUGGCGAGGUGCGUUUUCAACUACAGCCGCCCCGAAGUCCAGCAAUGGCACAACUCUGUUGUAGCACAGUUCGCAUCGUGGUAUGUUCUCAAAAUUUGUGGCGACUCCCAUAUUUAUACAUGCUUACUCGCUGUUCUCAGGGGCGUAGACCUCAUCAAGCUCGAUUAUGUGACCCCCGGCUCUCCGCCUCCGCCGGGAAAACAGUCCAAGCUUCCGGCAAACCAGAGCGAGGCCGUGAUUGCGUAUCAUAAGGCAAUUGAGAACAGUGGCCGGCAAAUGCGGCUAGAUAUUUCCUGGCAGCUAGACUUGUCAGAGCCGUCCUUUGCCAUAUGGAACCAAAAUGCUGAUUCGAUGCGAGUCGAUUCAGAUAUUAUCAAUUAUCAAGGCAGCUCGUUGACGAGCUGGAAGGCCAUUCAGCGAGCGAUUGAUAAUUAUCGCAACUGGACAAUUGCUGCGCUUGACUUGCCCUUCGCACUCGACAUAUAUGCGGAUUUAUCCAGUCUUGCCGUCGGCAACAAUGAAACACUUGCUGGUGUCAACGCCACCCAACAACAGACAAUAAUGACCCAUGGGAUUGCUUCCGGAUCCAAUUUGAUCCUGGACUCGGACUUGACGCAGCUGGAUGGUAGGCUGAGCCAGUCUCUAUUGUUGAAUGCCUCAGUUUUGCAGUUGGCCGACUUUACUGCUCGAUACCCCAUGCAACCAAGGAAUCCAGGGACAGGAGGACAGGACGCAAAGCAGCUGCAAGCGUGGAUUGCAGGGCCAUCAGAAGACAGUCGCGCAGUUGUAGUGAUUGCAAAUUAUGGUCCUGACCAGGGCCAGGGCGGCUUCAACACUUCCCUAAGGGGACCACAGCAAGUGACUGUGUCUUGGACCGACCUUGGCAUCAGUGGGUGCUGGCAGGUGAGGAAUGCCUGGACUGAUGAAAUUGAGGGUCGGAUGGAUACAAGUAUUUCUGUGCUGUUGGGUGAAGGCGAAAGUGUCUUGUUGGACCUGACCUACGUGGGUUUGUCUUCAAGAGUCGGUACAUGCGGUUUUGCUGCCAGGGCAGGGAAAUUUAUGAGCAGGUUCUUAUUUCAGACACCUGGUUGA